GUAUGGGGAAUGCUGUAUAUCGUGUUUUAUAAACAUUAGCUCUUUUUACAGCAAAACAUUACUCUCAAUAUGAAACCCAGUCCGAAGAAAUCUUUGUCAUCGAAAUUGAAACAACGUUCGAAAACCUCCAGCAGCGGGGGCACAAAUGCAAAUUCCGGUACAGCUUCGGCACCUCAGUCGAACAAUAUUGGCAAUAACACGGCCGGUUUGCCGCAGGUCCAGCAUCCCAAUCAUUACUCACAUUUGAUGCGAGCUGCAACUGCGGGUGGAAGCGACACUAACUCAUCCGGUAAUGAUGCAAACUGCCCUGCGCCAAAGGAUAAGAGUACAUACAAAUCAUACGCCGGUUUCAGUUCCCGAUCAAUACGAACUAUUUGGGAGCAACAUGACAAGCAAGAAACCGAGGUAGCAGCGGAGGUUUACAGCAAACUAGCCGAGGAUACUACCUACAAACUGUGGGAACUGGCGAAUAGUAUCAAGACAUACAGCCGCCAUGCGAAUGGGAAGGUCACGUAUGAUUUGGUCAACGACAUCCUUAAGGAUUGCGAUGUUCCGCCGAUUGUUGGGGCGAACAGUGAACCGUGGGAUAAAAUUGAGUAUGACGGAGUGUACUUUUUCAAUUCGGAUGAGGUUUUGGAUUUGCGCGAGGAGUACAUUAAGGAUGUAACGAUGGAACAAAGUAAUAUACCCGUGUUGACUACAUCCUGGAUGGCCGAGUCUAGCAUAGCGGAAGAUCUUAUCGAACUGUACAACAAUGUAUGCGACGCUAUCUACCUCGGCGAUGAGGAAUGUUUCGAGCAAGCGAUUGAGAUUCUUACGUUUAAUCCGCACGUCCCGUCACUGAUGAAACUUCUGCUGACAAAGGCGAUAGAAAUGUUGGGUUUUGAAUACACAGAAACCACAUUGAUUCGAUCGCUUCAGUUUCUCGAGGCUCUCGUGAAAAACUAUCACGUUUCUCAUUCGGAUCUGACGCUUGAGCUUAGUCUGCUUAGUCAAAUUUUUGUAAAUCUGUUGCUUGGGCCAAUCCAUUUGGUACACGCUAAAUUCAUCCCGGCUCAACCAGCGAAUCUUGAUUUACAACCACAAUCUCAGACAUCGCUCAAUCAACAGCCGCACUCGAUAAACCAAAAUGGAACCGAGUCUUCGCUAGGAUCCGGGACACAUUCUCAGAAUAAUGCAGAUCAGUUGCAACCCGGUUAUACUCACUCCACAAUGGUUCCGAUGAAUAUAUUAGAUAACAAUCUAACUGGUCCUUCGGAGGAUUCCAACAAUUCCAACUCAAAUGCUACCGAAGAAUUGCUGCGUAGUAUAGAGAAUAUUAAAGAAGGCCCGGAUGAAAUCGACAUCAACAAUAUUAAGGAUGAGUACGAGGCUCUAUUUUCUAUGGUGCAAGGCUUGGGCAAACAGGAAACUGUUGGAGAGGAUGGAAAUUUGUCUGCGGGAGACGGAUUCCAAAUCAAAGCAGAAUUCAACAGUGACUUUGACCCUUCGGCUCAGAACUUUCUGGUUCAGCAGGGCGGCGGAAUGAUGGCGGAAGCAGGAAUGAGUUUUGAGAUAAAAACUGAAAAUGAAAUAGAACUAAAGCAAGAUCCCGUAAUGUUAGAAGAUCCCGAUGAGAAUUUUAGCGCACAGAUGUCCGAGAGUUCCAACGGGGAAGUUAUUAACCCGAAUUCGACGACUCUGGAGAAUGAGAACAUUACCACCCUGAUCUGUAGUAGUUAUUUGGUGGACGACGUUAGCCGAGUGGUAGGACUAUGCUCUGGUAAAUGGGGCUUCGUUGAGCAGGAGUGCACAUUUUUGCUGGUCGAAAGAUUACAGCGAUACUUCAAUGAUUCGAAAUCUGAGGAUAUAGAUUAUGUUUGGCUAUCACGACUUUUGCGCGGCCUAUGGUCCGUAGGAGAAUUUGCUUUCCGUGAAAUGUGCCCCUACUUUGAGUAUAUAGAGCCGAGGAAUGUUCCGGAGUUUGUAAAUUAUCACUUGAAUUGUGCCGCAAUAUUUCUACGGGGAAAGUCGGAUGUGCAUUUUUACGAAUAUUUGAACGAAGUAUGUGGUGAUGGCCUGCUUCCUUUCAUGUUCAAAUAUGAACAGUACAUUGAAACAAGACACCAGAAGUUCAAUCGCCUUGGACAGAAGGCGAACAAGGGAAAACACUGCUACAAAAUACACUCCAAAGUAUUGCUCAAGGUUCAUCCCAAAACCAGCCAAAAACCACCGCUCGCAGUUGACGAAGUUUUCCCAGAUCGCACCGAGAAACAGUUGGAUGGCAUCGUUGCACAGAGUCAGCAGAAUCCGACGCCUCGAUUCAGCUUUCGUUUCGCUGGCUGUCGGCCAGUCAAUUUGAAGGCAAACAGAAAUCGACUCACAGGCUCGACUCGGUUGACUUCAUUUUGUGGCACUGUCCAGGACAAGCACGAUUCCGGCGUACGUUCAAGCAUUACACAAGAUGAGAAUGCGCUGAGAAGUUACCACACAAAGGUGGUUAUUGCUCGACGUAAACUUCUGAAAGCGGAUACCAAUCAACACCAGAGGAGACAGGUGUACUGCUACGGAUCUACACUUUUGUAAACAGGCUGCAAAUCGAGAGAACGAAGAUUCUUAAAAAUAACCCCACCUCCAACGAACUAAACAAACGAGACACUAAACGUAAGUUCUCUAAAUCUAAAUCUAGCUGCAACACAGAAAAACUUAUGAUAGUGUAAAAAACCUUAAAAUUAAUAUGUACAAUUUAAAACUACUUCUAUUCCUAAAACUACUAUGUACAAUAGAACCAUUUUAAUGUAUUGAUUUAUACCUACGGUAGGGAUUUUUUAACGUCGUCGUCAUCGCCAUCGCC